AUGAGGCUUCUCCUCGACGUGGUUGAUAAAUCCCUCAAGGGUGAAGCUUCUCCAAGACCUGAUGAAAAAAGUGGCGAAUGUCCAGUACAAGAAGAGGCCGAAUAUAUGGCUGUGGAGUUCAAGCCUUCCGCAGAGGUCACCGACGGGGCCUGGUUUAGCAGAGGUGCCCCUGGACAAGGACUCCACUCUAUAGACGUCCUCAAGCAGCUGCCUGCUCCACAUUUUAAGACUGAAGGUGGAACUGUGGACAUGAUCUGCACGAUGCUGUCAAGAGGUCGAGCGUCUACAAAACUGCGGAUCCAAAUCACCCUGCCUGCUUUCCUCCCUAUAAAAAGCCCCGGUAGUGUCUCAUCUGGAUCAUCACUCCAAAUCUUAAGCACUAAACCUUCCCUAUACAUUCUUGAGAGACUUGGAAAACUCGACUCCUCUGCUAUGGCAAUUCAACCAAGAUCAGUCCUCUUUGCUGUCUUGCUCAUUGGCUUGUGGUUGAUCAGCGGAAAUGGGGUGCUCGCUUCCCGUCGCCUUUUAGACACCGAGCUGCCCAAGAUCCCUGAAUUGCCCAAGCCCGAGAUUCCAUCUAUACCGACGCUGCCCAAACCUGAAAUCCCUUCUCUGCCAAAGCCUGAAAUCCCAUCCUUGCCAAAGCCCGAGAUCCCGUCCCUGCCCAAACCAGAGAUUCCAACCAUACCGAAGCCUGAGCUGCCUGCGGUGCCCAAGAUGCAAGAGGUGCCCAAGAUGCCAGAGGUGCCCAAGAUGCCAGAGUUGCCUAAGCCGGAACUGCCGCAUUUCCAGGAAAUCCCGAAGGAUAUUCCUGUCCCUUCUCUACACUGUGGUCGGAGGGAGCAUAUUGGGGAGAUAAUGAGGACUUUGGUCCUGAACAAUGAGAUGCUCGAGGUCAAGAGCACGAGACUAGGGCAGUUCGCCUCGAUUUCAAUCAGCAGAGUCCAGUUUAAAUUAGCCAAGAAGUGUGGCCCUGCAAAGGAACCGAAAGAGGACCUUCCUCCUGAAGCGGGGUUAUUGCGGUCCUUGAUGUUGAACAUGAUUGCGCAAAACCUUGGACAGUGCUUCAUGGAGGAGUUCCCGGACUCUGUUUCUUAUCAGACCAUUGCACUUAUAGUGGUGUCGACUUUCGAGGAUCACAAACUGGACUCCUCUGCUAUGGCUAGAAACCCAAGAUCACUCCUCUUUCCUCUCUUGCUCAUUGGCUUGUGCUUGAUCAGUGGAAAUGGGGUGGUCACUUCCCGUCGCCUUCUAGAGACCGAGCUACCCAAGAUACCCGAGCUACCCUCCAUACCGGCCCUGCCAAAGCCAGAGAUCCCAUCCCUGCCAAAGCUUGAGGUCCCAUCCAUCCCUAAACCCGUGAUCCCAACCCUGCCCAAACCCAAGAUUCCAACUAUACCGAAGCCUGAGCUGCCCGAGGUGCCCAAGCUGCCUGAGUUGCCAAAGCUGGAACUGCCGCAUUUCCCGGAAAUCCCGAAGGACAUUGUACCUAAGCUGCCCGAGCUGCCAAAGCCGGAGCUCCCGCAUUUCCUGGAAAUCCCCAAGGACAUUCCUGUCCCUUCCCUUCACUGAACUAGUCCAUCACUCGUGUGCAUAUUACGAGUGCAGUAUGGGGAUCUUAGGAUUCUUCAGCUACAUAUUUAUUUUCUAUACUCGCCGAUUGGUCUUCGUGUCUACAGAUUUCAUUUUCCAUAUACACAUUGUGAUUGGGCUUAGUACGUGUGAGGUCUGCCGUCCUUUCACUAGUGUCUUCGUUUGUAUGUUCAUUUCAAAGGAUACAUUCACUUGUUCUUCUAAUA